UUGCAAUCCUUAUCAAGUACAAGUAGUGUAUAUAUAUAUGUUGGGUUUAGUAACUGUAGAUUCUAAUCGAGAGACAUGAGAUCUCCCAAACAUAUGAGAACAAGCCCUAACAUCUUCUCUUCCGCCGAUCUUCCACUUCCCACUCUUCCUUUUGAUGUGAUUUCAGAAAUACUAGCUAGGUUACCGGUGAAGUCCCUUCUCCAAUUCCGGUGCGUCUCCAAAUCAUGGAAGUCGCUCAUCUCCGAUCCAAAAUUUGCUAAAAAGCACCUUAAUCUGUCAACCACGCGCCGCCUCCUCUGUGUAAGCUACGACAAUCCCUCCUACAGUUUUAUUUUAAAUUCUUACUCCCUCCAAUCCGUUUUCACAGAUACAAACUAUAACCUCACUCGAUUCAAGUUUCCCGUCGAUGUUAUUUCUGAACGCUACUCCCAUCACCUUGUUGGCUCUUGUGACGGAAUUCUUUGUGUUGCCAAUUAUCGUAUUUCCCCGGAUUUUAAACCUUUAGUUAUACUGUGGAAUCCUUCUAUUAGAAAAUAUAAGGAAUUGCCCCAAUUUGAAAACCCAGCCGAGCUUUAUCGGCUUUGGCUUCGUAUGACAUAUGGCUUCGGCUAUGAUCAUGUUUCUCAUGAUUACAAACUGCUUGUUCUUUACAACUCCGACAUUGAACAUGCAACUAGAGCAAAGCUUUAUACUUUGAAGGCUGAUUCUUGGAGAACCAUUCAACCGUUCCCUUCUGAUUUUGGUACUCUCCUUACUUAUCCACGUGGAAGAUAUGUAAGCGGUACAGUUAACUGGAUGACCUGUCAACGCUCGAUUGUUUCUUUUGAUUUAGUCAACGAGUCUUAUCGAAAGAUUUUGCCUCCUCGACAACAAAGAAAACCUAGAUAUUUGGGUUUGAGUGUGUUGAGGGAUUGGUUGUGCAUAACUUAUGAUCACGAUGUUUGGGUCAUGAAGGAAUAUGGAAUUCUAGAUUCUUGGACUAAAUUGUUCAAUGUUACUCACUUGCUAAAUCCUCUAUCUAAUUCUUUUCGCUUGACAAAUCUAUUAUAUAUCUUUCAAGACGAUCAAGUGCUGCUCGUGUUUGAACAUUUUUUGGGUAGGGUGUCGUUGAUUGUUUACAAUUUCAAGAAUGAUACUUCUAAAGUUAGUUCAAUGUUGAAAGACAUCUCAGAAGUGUAUGUUGAGAGUUUGAUAUCACCUUGGUCUUAAUACUAGAAUUAUUUUUGAAGACGAUCAAGAUCAAAUGCUGCUGUUGCUGUUUCAGGAGACUUCAAGAAAGAAGUUGAGUGUUGAAAGUUUGUUACUUUAUUUUUAUUAUUCUUUAUUUUUAAGAGAAAUUGGUGAUUCUUUUUCCAUAUUUGGAUUUUAGUUUCUUUAUUAUGGUGACUUAAUACAAUUUUUAAACAUUUUAUUGUGAUAUUUUGUUUCGAAUUGACUUCUCUAGUAAUACAUUUUAUAUAGAAACUUUGGUUUACCUUGAUUUUUUUUUCUUUACAACUACUGCUAUUGCAAUUUCUGCUGUUGUCAUUCUUAACAUCAUAUUUACUUGACAGAAACACCAAGAAACUCUAAUAUAGUGUUAUGCAAAUGAAUUAAUGUGCAUGUGAUAAAAAGGAAUACAAAUGCAUAAAUCAUGCAAUAGACUUAGGUUAUUAUGUCUCCUGCGGUUAACUUUUUUGAGAUGAUAAUAUUUGGGCUAAACCUUUGUAUCAGGUUUGGUUUGGUUGAAGUUGUUCAUGCUGGCGCGGCUUUGCAUUGCUAGCCAUCUCCCUCCAAUACUGGCAUGAACUGAAUCUCGCCAGUAAAUUCACUGCAAAAGCUAUAUCGGAUCUUGUAUUGUUAGCAAGGUACAUGAGUGCUCUAAUUGCACUAAGUUAUGGCACUUCUGAGCCAAGAUCUUCUUCAUUACUUUCCUUAGGCCUAAAGGGAUCUUUUUCAAUAUUAUGUGUUCUACCCAUCAUGGGACUAGUCAAAGGAUUUGUCUUGUCCAUGUUGAACAUUUUAAUAUCCUUUAUGUAUAGUUUGAUUGAUGUACCAAUAUACCAUCUUUAGUAUACUCAAUCUGUAAACCAAGGCAGAAUCUGGUUUUCCCAGAUCUUUCAUUUCAAAUUCUUUCUUUAAAUAAUUUCUCGCUUCUUUGAUUUCUUUAUUAGUCCCAGUGAUAUUUUAAUCAUCAACAUAAACAACAAUUUUAUUACAAAUCCAGAUAUUGUUUUUCUUAUAAAAAAAACAAGGACAAAUAGGAUUAUUCUCAUAGUCUUCUUUAAGUAAAUAUUCACUUAGUCUAGUGUACCACAUGCGCCCUGAUUGUUUUAACCUAUACUAUGAUCUCUGCAACUUAAUUGCAUACAUUUC